GACGACAGACGACAGGCCACACUGCGCACAUGUUCCACCUUCCCGUCGGCCUCAGGAUCACGCCACUUGGGGGAAAAUGCUCAUUAUACCAUUCCCGCCCUGCGCUCUCCCACAAAUUACGCUCGUCCGAAAUUCGAGACCGGCGAAAACGUGUAAUGAACUGCCGUAGGCCUGUACAUGUAACAGAAAUCUAUGCUGUUAAGUAGCAGUGUGGAAAAUUUCGGAUGCAACGGUCCUUUUCAGGUUGUUGAUUCAAGCGCGUGUGUGGGCAACCAGGUAACUGUGCGUGUGUUGUGCUGACGAGGUCAGGCCGAGAACCGAUAGCGACAGCGUGCUUGUGAAAGGGAACAAAUCUGCGGAGUGUAGCCUGAAUCAGAUACUGUGUGCAACAUGGAUAGUUUUGAUUGAGAACUGUGAUAGAGUGAACCGACAUGACAUAUCGAUAGACCAAGUGUCCUCACUCUUCACCUACUACGCUGGCUUUCCCCACUCGCGCUGCAUAGCCCGCCCACUCCAGUGAUUGGUCUCUACAAGCACGCGAGACCGUCACCAGUCACCUUUCCAGUCCAGUGCUUCCCUGUGUUCGUUCGUUCGUACGGAGGUCCCCAAACUUCACGUGUAACGGCGGCGAGGCCAAGCCUCAAAGCUUCUCUCCGUGGACCCAAGUGGUUUAUUUAAUUUACUGAAUGUUCCACCUCUGUAGAUCUAGGUCUAGGUGUGUGACCGUUGUAUUUUUAAGACAAGAUGUGUUGUCAAGUCGGGACAUGGUAUUUCAUUCUGGAUUGUGGUAGUGUCAGGUGACUGGAUACCUUACGCGCCCGGUUUACAGCACAGGCGGGUUUUCAUAUUUGGAAUAUUUAAGUGCAGCGAAUUUUCUAAAGUGCAAUUUCAAUGAUGAAACGACUUGUAUUCGUUCUGUGUGUGGCGGUUUUAUGCGUGUGUUUAUUUCUCCCUUCGCCAUGCGAAGCCAAACGAAAGAGGAAACGACCAAAGGGUCGGUCCGAAUCAUUAGCUUUGGAUAAACAGAAAAUUGGUUCUCGAGAUGGGAUAACCUCGGAGGAUCAGAGAAAUGACUGGACCCCCCGCUUGUCCCUCAGAGAGCGUCAACAAUCGCAGGUUCAGACAACGCGGCACUCUUUGUGUCAGGCAGAAGAUUGCAAGGAAGACGCUUCGGGUUCUGAAGGACAAGAUGGUGCCCGCAAAGAAAAAAGAAACAGGAACCGGAGGAAGAGACGUAGAAAAAAGCCCCGAUCUGGUCCUGAGAUAAGAAAGAAUAAUAAAAAGAGAACCAAAAAUGGUGAUUCCACGAAGAAAAAUGACAAAAAAGUUCCUCGUAGACGUCCAGAUAUAGACUACAGUGACGACAAUGGAAGCAGUACCAAACGCCAGCCAAGUGAGCCCGAUAUCGUGGUGGAAUCGGCUGAAAAUACAGAGUCCGAAUCGCCAAGCGAACAGGAAGACCUGAGCAAAGAGAGGACAGGCAGUGCACGUAAGGACGAGACUCGGAGGAGAAAUAAGAAGUGGGAUCCGUCAGCCUUGAAAAAGGCGCGGAUGGACCUUAGAAGGCGACAAAAAGGCUCAAAGAAUAGGUCUCCAAAAAUUGUUGAUACUACUCCAAAAAUUGUUAAUACGACUCCAAAAACUGUACAAGAGGUCAGAAUAAAAAGUAAAGACAAACAAAAAUAUAAAAAUGUCUCCUUUCACUUUGAAUUUCCUCCAUUUGAAAGACCAGUAGCUGAUAUGCCUGAAAGUGAUAGAAAAAUUCUCAAAUAUUUGGCACUGCAGACAGCUAGAUUGGAUCUCCGCCGCCGCUUUGGUCCCAACAGCAAAUACAGAAUGGAGUCUGUAGUAAAGAAAAAGAAAAAGCCUACUGGGUCUGUGGCUGAUACACGACAGGAAAGUAAAAACGCCACAUCUCAACAACAUGAUAUGGGGACGGUUGCUGACGUGCCUUUCAAAAGCACAAAGAGACUCAAAUUAGCAGAUCUCUGGAAAGCAAGGGAAGACCUGCGAAGACGUCAUGGCUUUAGUUCAAAAGAUAGAAGAAGGAACAAGAACAAAAAACAGCAAGAGCACAAGCAGUCAAGUUCAUUUCCCACCGAGAGGCCAGCUGCUGAUAUGCCUUCUGAAACUACAAACAGACUCCAGAAACUGGCUGAUCUGAACAAGGCUAGACAGGGACUGCGGCAGCGUCAAGAUUCUCAAGUUGAGGACGACUCAAGAGAUGUUGAUUUAGUCAAGGAUCAGAAAGAUGACAAAUCAAAGCGUAAAAAAUCAAAGAAAAGUAAGGCAGAACUUAAAUCAAAAUCGAACAGAAAAGGCAAAUCUAAGAAGGAUAGAAAAAAUCGUAAGUUACUUAAAAGUCAUACUGGUAAAAAUCGUAAUGGGCGGCGACGGAACAAAGGCAGAGGAAGGGAAAGGAAGCGGAAUAAGGGGAAGAGUAACAAAGACUUAGAGGUGGACAUCUACAAACAGCCACUUUCUGAUAUGCCUGCUCCAAAGACAGAUGAGAAACUGCAGAAAUUGGCGUCCCUUCGUAGAGCAAGACUGGACCUACGUAAGCGACUGGGAUCUUCUGAAGAAGAUGAAAAUUCUGAGACAAAACUUUCCAUAAGCAAGAAGUCCAAGCGCAAAAGAAAGCAUAGAAAACGGAAAGGCAGAAAAGGGAAAGGUAGAAAAGGGAAAGGGAAAAAAGGAAAAGGUAGAAGAGGGAAAUCGAAUCUGACUGGGCAAACAUUGAAGGAAGCAGAGAGAAAGUUUGAAAGGAAAAAUGUCAAGAUUGAGCGACGGUUAGAUGUUUUGAAACAGAACACAUUAGAUGACCUAAGUGUGUUGAAGUCUGUAAUAUUUGACCACCACGGAGAUUUAUUUCCAAAUAAUUCUCUGUCAAUAAUGAACUUGGAUGAUAAGUUUGAUUCAGAAACAGAUUUGGGACUCGAACUCGAGUCUCCAGAAGAGGACCAACCAUCAGAGGAAGUGCAGCCUCCUGUUGUUCGAGUCGGUGUCACAAAGAUUUCGGGUAACAGUGGGGAGAGUGCAGAUGAUGUUAAAACAACUGAUGGAUCCCCUGCAAACUGGAAAUCUAGUUCAAGUUCAACUGAUGAAGAUCCUCAUGCCAUGCCCCAGAGCGAUGAAUUUUCAGGUAAUUUAAUGGAAGUGAAAUCUGCAACUGAAUGGUAUAAAGUUUUCCACCCAUUUUCUGACAGAGUUAGUGUACUCGACUUUGCAAACAAAAAAGUUAGUGAAAAUCAAAAGGAUAAAGAAGAAAGUGACAAAAGAGCAGCAAAAAUAAAAAGGAUGAAGAAGAAGCGUCAACGACAGAAACAAAGACGACGACAACGAAAACUAGAAAAGAAAAGAAAGCAACAAAAACAAACCCGAAGUAAAAGAGAAAAGAAAGAGAGGGCUCAGGCUGAUGGUACUGGAGACAUUAACCAAAAAGUAUCCGAAGUACAAGCAAGGUCUGGAAAAAGAAAGAUGUCUGAUGGAAAAGUGGGCAAAACAAAUGGGUCAAAACCAUCUGGCAAGUUUAGAAUGUCAAAGUUGAAGAGAAAUUCAAGGCAUCAAAAAGUUUUACAGAAGUGGAAGCUGCAAAGGCAAAAGAUUGAUGAGUAUAAGAAAAGAUUAAAGCAGAAAUCGCGUAAGAAUAGAAAACUCAGGCAAAAAAUAUCGGCUCACCAGAGAAAGCGUGUAUCAGGCCACAAGAGGAAAAGUCCAUCAAAGCAUAAGAAACGCAAAUCUGAUCGACAACAAAGGCGGAUGUCAGCUCGGAAAAGAAAGCUUGUUACAGCCCAGAAGAAGAAACGUAUUUCAACUUCAGAGUGGAAAGGUUUGUCAGUUGAACAGAAGAAACCCACUCCACAGAGGGAAAGGGUCUCAACUCGUGAAAAGGAGCAUACAACUACUGAACAAAGUAAAACCCUAUCAUCCCCGAUAACGACAGAUGUGCCAGCAGAUUGGAAGAGCCGUGUAUCUACUCUGAAUGAAGACUAUUUGCCAGCCCCAGAGCAAAAAAAUAUUAUGCCAACCUUGUCAGCUUCAGGGCAAAAAAGUAGUACUUCAACCCAGAGAAAAAAUCCACUCUCAGCAGAACGGUUGUCUGUUGAGCAGAGUGAUCAGACAGGCUCACGGAGGUUGAGUGGCUACCAUCCUGAACCUGGACGACGUAGAGGCUACUACGCCCCCAGGGAGGAUCUCAGGCUGCGGGAAUGGUCAUCAGGUAGAUGGCGGCCGGACCCCAACUCAAAGAACAGUAUGAUGGCUGCUGCAGCCCCAUACGACAGUAAACAACGAGUUUCUCCCGUACUGAAUAGAAGCUACCGACAGCUAAUGCUUCGCAUGAAUGGUAUUCUCCAGGGAAUUUAUGGACAAAUGCAAAUGACAGAAUCUCUGUACAAGGAAGUCUUUAAUGGCACACGAUAUGACCUGAUUCUUGGUGCCCGUGACAUAUUUGAGAAUGUUGCCUUUGCCAACACUUACAUUUAUGAUGGAGUAGUCAAAGCCUCAGAGCUCACGAGGAGUAUAUAUACAAAAGCCCAUCAUAACAGAAAAGCGAGGAGAAUGAACAGGGUUCAAGAUCAGCCUCAAAUACCCACGGAUAUUCAAGUGAACCGGAGAAACUUCAAACCAAUCUUGGAAAAGGCUUAUCGGGAACAGAAUAUGAUAAGAGAGGACCUACAGAAGACGCAGAGGAUGAAAAUGAGAUCAAUGCAGGAUCGAUCAAGGUUUCAGCAAGUGCGGGAAAAACUAACAAAUGAUUACGAUUCUGUGGCUGUUCGAGACUUGUUCUACAAUAUCAACUCAACUAUUUACCAAGUGAAUGGGGGCAUCGUUACGUCUCCACGGUUGAGCAGAUUGCAAAGAGAUAAGUAUUACAUUACAUUCGUCGAUAGUGAUGUCAAAGAAGCGUCUGUCAUUCUUCGAAACUCUACUGAGGAAGUCUCAAAAGGGCUCAUGGAGUACAGGGAAAACUACGACCUUUACCUUUCAUGGAGGAAGAAUGGUAAUGGGCAGAAUGUUCAAAGGGAUGCAGGGUCAUACUACAGUAGACGAGAAUGGGCAAGAUUAGAGACUCUUGUUUCUAAGGCAAAGAGACAUGCAUACAACUUGGAAAGUGAAUCGUAUGACUUGAACAGCUGGCUUGGUGAUGCAAUUGAGAAUGCAAAUAUGGCUCUGGAAGUACUAGGCAGACCUGUGGGUCCUUCUUCAAGUUCAAGUGUUUCUGGACCUUAUGUUACCAAUCUAGAAGAAGAAACUAAGCAACUACGUGCUGUCCUGGAGGACCUUAGGAAAAUGGUUGGUAGUCCUACCAAGGCUGGAGGUGCAAAGGAAAGCAUUAAUUCCAAAGAUAAAGAUGCUAGUAGCAAGGAGAAGACAGUCGAGAUUAAGAAAGAGAAAAAGUGCAAACCCUCUGGUGGAUUCGGAGGCUGGUUGGGCGGCGGUGACACUGACUGCGUUUCAGAGGGAAGUGGUGAUGAUGAACUUGAAACUGGUUCAGGAGAUGAUAUUAUCCUCAUUACAGAUGAUGAAGAUUUUAUUUUUGAGGAAGGUUCAUCUGAAACAGGUACUCCGACCUCCACCAACAUGUUUGGCAUCGCUCUCCGUGAAUACGCUUCCAAAGUGCUUAGUGACAGCAGAGUAAUUGACAAGGAAGCGGAUGAAGUGGAAGGACUGUUGAAAGAUCUGCAAAAGAAGAGGGAAAAGGCACUGUCUGAGGCGACCUUAAUCUAUGAGAUUCUCGGGGAACAACAAGGCCUCAUACUCCAAGAGGCUGAUGUCCAUGCCUUGAGAGAGGAUGUGAAAUAUCGGACUAAGGAGGUUUUUAAGAACGUCCAAGCUAUCUCUACUGAUUUUGAUCUGGAUGCAAUUGUAGCACAAGCAAGAAGAGCAUUGGAAAGAGCCAAGAAAGAAAGUGAAGUGGAUGGUUCAAAGCAGCCGCCGCCUCCAGAGCCAACACCUACUGGUCAAGAUUCUGAAGAAAACACAGAAGAGGAUGUUGAGGUAGUAGAUGCAAAGGAAGACGAUUUUGAUUACUCCAGUCUUUAUAGAAAAGGAAGGGAAAUCAUGUCAAACAGCAAUGACAUCCGCUACCUGAGGUCGGUGGCUGUGGAAUCAUGUGGGAAAUUUAAAAGUCAGUUCGGCUUCAUUCGCAGCAACAUUUCUAUUCUACAGCAAAAAGUUGCAAGUGCAAGGAAAAUUCUAUCAUCCCUUCAGCUAUCAAUCAAGAAGAGUGGCAGUAAUCAUAUAGCUGUGGAGGUCAAUGACACUGUCCACCACAAGACUGAGGCGACUUCCGUCACCACUUUUGGCAUGUGCAUUAAACCUUCUACUCUUGAUGGGACAGUCCUUGUGGUCAAGGGAAAUGGAUCGGCAUCCUACAGUGUGUCUCUAGAUAGCGGAGAGCUAACAGUUUCUGCCUAUGACAGUUAUGUUAGCAAACUUGAUGAUAUAACUCUGGAUUUAAAGCUCAAAAUAGACCAGUGGUACACAAUAUGGGUUCAAAGGAGUGGUCAGAUGAUGAAUGUCACUCUUCAGGAGCAGGCUGGAGAAGCAGAAAUGAAAUCAGUGUUUUCUUCAGAUCUGCCUUCCACGCAACCAAUGCCUCAGUUAGUCUUUGUUGGAGGUGCUCCAGAAAGCUCCUAUUUUGACAGCAGCAGCUGGGAGGGUUGUAUGGGAAGACUGACUGUCAAUGGACAAUCGUUGUCCCUGUUCCGACCUGACAGUGAAGGAGUUCCAACUGCCCUUUGUACUGACCACUGUGUCAGUGCACAGGGACCAUCAUCUGUGUUUGAUGGCAAUGGUUUCAUUCAUCAUCGUCGACCUGUGAGGGAAACAGUGAACAAAAUUGCAUUCAGAUUCAAGACUCGUCAAGAGAAGGCUGUUCUGUUUUCCUAUGCCAAUAGAAAUAAACGCUUGUCAGUGAGUGUAAUCAUGGAAGGUGGUGCCCUCAAAGUGGAAAGCUCUGGUCCAGUGGAGGAAGUGGUUCUACUCAGUCUGAACAGUUCCCUGAAUGAUGGUCAAAGCCAUCUUCUGGAGAUUGUAUACAGAGGCAGCAGAACUUAUCCGGAACUAGAUGGCAACAGCGCAGCCUUCUCUGUGGAGAGAGUCUCCCCUCAAGUGCUGAGGAACAUCAUGGAGGGAGUCUUAAUCGGCGCGUUUGUAUCAGACAGACGACAGUUCUUGAACUUGCCUUUCAGGCCUCUCAUAGGAUGUGUCGGAGAAGUGUUUAUUAAUGAAAACAAAUUACGCCUUCCUGAUGCCACUGAGGUGUAUAAUGCAUAUGAGGGAACCUGCACAUCUUCCAGUCCAUGGCAUUCCUGCUGGAAGUUCACAGAAAGAAGUAGUCCGGUGUCACUUGGCUCAGUGGAAAACUCAAACCGAGUCUCAUUCCUUGUGGAUGCAAAUGCCAGAGGACCUGUUCUUCUCUACACUAAAGAUGAGAAAUUUGAAUUGGAGAUCAGACUAACUGAUGAUGGUAUUGAUACUAGCAUGGAAGGUGAAGAAAGUGUUCUCAUCAAACCUUCGGACUAUUCCAAAGACUUCACUUUAGUGACUAUUGAGGACACAGGCGAUAAGGUGAUCACGCAGGCUUGGGACGAGACUGCAUCGUUCUCAUACGGAAGUGCAUGGAGCCUCUAUAAAGACACUGAAACACCUCAUGAUAUUGCUCUUAGUCAAACAAGGGAUGGAGAGGAGAGAAAGUUUGUGGGUGGCAUUGCCCACUUGAUGAUUGGAGACAGGCUCUAUGAUCUGGGUCAGCUCAGGUCUACAAACACUCUGAUGACAUGUGAACGCCCCUUGGAGCAAAUACAUCCAGCAGCUUCCUUCCAUACACUUCCCCCAGUUGAUGAAUUCUCAUGUUCAUGACAUUCUUAAACAUUACUGAAAAUUGAUCAUAUGUUGGCACAUAUUUUGAAUGAAAAAACACUUUAUGAACCUAAAGAUUUUUAUGUUUUCAAAGUCUGGAAACUACUGCUUCAAUGGUUUUCAAGAAUCAACUCUGUGACAGAUUCUCAUUUUGUGAUGUACUCAUGUUCAUGAACAUCUCAGUUAUUAAGUGGAGUGAAUUGCGCUUUUAAUGAAAGUUUUAUUUUUAAAUCAUGCAUGAAAGAAAUGUGAUAUAAAAUAUGACGCAUUUUGUAACUUAUAAGAAAGUCUGACUUUCGUUUGAAUAUAUAUAUAUAUAUAUAUAUAAACAUGUAAGUUUUUUUACCCCAUGUCAAAGAGGGCACUACUGUAAUGUUUAACAUUGUACUAUUUGCAAACUGUGAGAUUAAGACUGGUUUGCUGCAGGGCAGUGGGUAGUAGUCAUAGUGUUGCUAUUAUUACUGUUUUAGUUCUUGCUUUAUUAUGGGGCAGAGACUGGCUUGAUUGUGUAUUAUGUUAUUGCUUAUCUCAGUGUGUGGAUGUGAAUAUGUGGUCAACAGAGCCCAGAUAAAUUGUUACUGUCUCAAUUAAUUUCAAACUUUGAAUGCUUGUCAAAUUUAAAUAAUGCUUUACUUUUCUGCACAUUUUCUGUUUUAGACUUGUUCUCCCAAUGCCAAUAAAUAUUCAUAAACCAAA